AUAAAAUCUGGUUUAGUAUUCUAAGGACUUAAAGAAAAUCUUCCUAUACGAGAAAAUCAGCAAAAUAAGUAAGGGCACUUGACAUGCUAUAAGUAACAGCCAGGGGCUUUUUCUUAUAAAAGGUGGUCAAAGGCCACAUAACGAAGUUUAUCAUUGUCUUAACAGCACAUCCUCUAAACUCUGCAUCAACUUAUUAAUCAUUACAAACCGCAAUAAUAGUGCAAUCGUCACCAUGAAGGGUCUUUACACCGCACUCCUUUCUAUCGCUGUCGUACAGGCUACACCAGUUAUUGACAACCAACCAAAAGACCUCCACGCCCGAGCUGUCGAUCUUAAAGUCCAGUAUUACACGGAUGGCGGCUGUAAGGACUACGCUGUAUCGAUCUGGCCCGGCACCUCAAACAAAUGCUACGGAUAUAGCUACAGCAACACAAACAGCGCAAAUAUUGCAAGCUGUGGUGGUAACAGCGUUGCUUGCACCUGCUACCUCUUUGAGCAGGACAGCUGUAAGGGGAAUUCCGUCCGAACAGUUGCUCUUUCAGGAUCAGGCUCCGCCUGUGUUAGUAACUGGGGCAAGGGCUACAAGUCGAUGCAGUGCUACACCACCCAGCUGUAGUAUGUAUGGAAGUAGUGAGGAGAAUUGAGAGCCCUCCUGUUCAAUGCACAAUUAGACCAUUGAGCCUUUAUAUUUGGAAAUUAUUGUCUCUUAGCAACACUGGCUAUACUACCAAAGUGGGCGCACCAAUGGUUUCCUUAGUGUAGCUUAGUAUACUAUCAUACAAAUAAC